AUGGCCUGUGGAAUGGUUGUAUCCCCUCGGGUUUCCAUUCAGGACGAAGUUUCCGUUCAGGAAAGUCUAAAGUUUCCUUUCAGGAUGAAGCUUAAAGAGUCAUUUGUCCGGGCGAAGAACUGGGUUAAAGAGCUUCAGAGACAGGCCAGCCCAAACAUCGUAAUAGCGCUGGCGGGGAACAAGGCCGACCUCGCAAACAAGAGAGCUCUGGACUUCCAGGAUGCCCAGUCAUACGCAGACGACAACAGCUUGCUCUUCAUGGAAACGUCAGCAAAGACCUCUAUGAACGUGAAUGAGAUUUUCAUGGCUAUUGGUAAACAGACAGACCUGGAAGUCCAGAGCUCUCUUGUUUGCGAGGUCGGCCUUGUUCCCCGCCAGCGCUAUUACGAUGUUUGGGCUGGCCUGUCUCUGAAGCUCUUUAACCCAGUUCUUCGCCCGGACAAAUGA